AGGAAAAAAACUAGCGCGACGUCGCGAUGAAAAUGCCUUCCCAGCAUGAAGGUAAGUAUCGCACCUGCAGUACGAUGAUAUUAAGGGUGUAAAAGCAUGAAGAUGCUGUCGUGCGGGCUCUACUAUUAGAAACAAGUCCAAGUGCUUGAUUAUGAUUUUCUGAGGCCGCACUGCAUCCGCCAAAUUUAAAGAUGUGGUAUGAACUGCAAAAGUAACGUACUAGUAUAAAUUGCAAUACAAAUUGGCUCAGCAUUACAAAUUGAAUUUGUAAUGCGGAUUUGCCUUAGGAACUACAUUUGUGAUGCAUAAAUGCAAUUAGUACGCGUACGAUACUUUUGCGCAGGAUAUGUGGUGGACCGGGCGGAUUCCCGGCAUGUCCGAGGAGGACGACCGGAAGCUCUUUGAAGAAGAGAAAAAGGCUAUCAAACAGAAAAAGUUCGUCACGAUCACUCGUGCGCAUUUUUGCAAUGCAAAACUUUCUGUCAUGCGUAAAAAUGCAUCACAGCCAAACUUCGUAAGGGGUCUCCCUAGUGUCGCUAAAAAAAUUUGUAAUGCAAAGCGUGCGAGUAGUUAGUGACUGUGGCAAACUUUUUCUCUUCAUAAAUGCGGAGCAGUUGGGCCAGGACCUGAUGCAGGAGAUCAUGGAUUUGUUGGGAGAGAUAUCGAAUGCAAAGAACAUCAUUUCUGGGUGGAGGUCUGGGAAAUAAUUGCGACGAGAUUUAUCGUCAUGCUACUAGUCUGGCAUGGCAGGAGGAGACUCUCCUUCUGGGCUGCUCUGUAUUGCGUGGCCGCAGCGAGCUCCUCUUGCCUGUCAUGCAAAAAGGCAAUUUCAAAUGCGGAGUACGCAACUCAGAACCACGGAAAAACUUUUCAUGCUUGACUUGCAUAGUUUAUUACUGUGGGCUCAUUGAUAUUCCCGGACCCGCAUCACAAGUUAUUUCCCGACUCACACCCAGACUACAUAUUCGCAGUUGAUAAGAAAACGGACCACCGCCGAUACCCCCGAUCAGGUACUGUUGUUUCUUCACGUCUGUAGUUCAUGCAAGACGUUGUCAAGUAUGAAAUUUGUGAUGCUGAUUAAUAUUUCCGAUAGCAUAGACUUCUGCCUCGUUUGCGUCUGUGCUGCAUAAAGAAUCCUCGAUCCCGAUGCAUAAAGCCACACGACGAGAAAUUGAAACUCAAAUUGUCUAUACCUUCAUCAGCUUCGAGCGCGUUCCUGGCGAUAUGCAGGGCUUGGUAAAGCCGCGAGAAAUCCACGUGCUAUCCUGUGCAAAAGUAUCGAUCGUACUCGUAUAAAUGCAUUACAAAUUUUCUAUCUCAGCAUGAGAAAUAAAAUUUGUAAUGCGGAUUUACCUUGAGAAAAAAAAUUGUAAUGCAUGACUGCAAUUACUACGAGUGCGAUGCUUUUGCAGUGGAUACGUGCGCGGACCGAACAACGCGCCAGUCCCCUACCGCGGUCCGGGCAAAACACCCUACUACAGGAUAAGCAACACGGAGGCGACGAUCGUGAAGCAGAUAUGCAUUGCAAAUGUGUCUGGGUCUGGAAGGCUACAAGGUUUGUCAUGCUUGUCUGGCAUGACUGAAGAGCUUGUGAUGCGUGUCCAAGAAGAGGCGCUUUUUCUUGUCAUGCAAAACGCAGUUUGCCAUGCGGAAAGCGCAACACUAAGCCACGCAAAUAUUUCUCAUGCUUGGUUGUGCAUUACAGACGAGAGCUCACUACUCACAACUCAGCAUUCCAAGUUCUUUCCUGACCCAGACAUGUGCGCAUUCGAUAACAGACUUUGGAGUACAAUGGUUUCCGAGAAUUGACAACCAACGGGAUCGGGCUGGGCAUUAGCCCGCACGAUUGGGUGGUCCAGUGGUCGGGGCCGAACUACUAUGCACAGUAAAUUGAUAUUCGUCGUCCCGUAUAGUACACGUACAAAUUAUGCGGUGUCUGCAUGACAAAACUGGGCUCCCCUCCGAUGCUAGUUUAGCAUGACAAGUGUUCCUAAACUCCAAAUUGGGGAAGUUUGUGAUCCACAUCUUGUACAACAUGCACGGGACGAAUAAUUUUGUGUUGCAUAAUUGCCGUGACUACGUUUACCAAAACCUGCACGAAUAUCAGUACGUGAACCACUUUUCGGGCUUAUCCUGUGUAGAAUUUACGUGGUCCCCACCUCCACAGAGUUUCCAUGCAGAAGAUCAUUUGCAACGGCAGAAACAUUUGUGAUGCGCAUGUCGCCCAUAAUAGGCAUAAUUUCCAAUGUCGUCUUUUGGAAUAUGUAAUGCUGGAAACAGCAGACGGAUUAUUUGUAGUAAUGCGGCUGUCCUAGUCCUUUCCACUAAGCGUAAGCUGCACUGCAAUACGGACUGCAACUUGCGCUUGCCAUACGUGUUGACUCCCAAAAUAACUUGGAUGCUUGUGUUGCAAGAAAAUCGGCAUCGUGACAACUCCCGGGCGGGGACGACGUGUUUCCUCAGGAUAUGGCUCCACGGAAAUGACCCGGAAAGACCGGAUUUGGUGCCACUUUCAGGCGAUGCAGCGACUUAUGCACCGCAACUAUGUCUGGGUCUGGAAACUUGUAAUGCAAGUCAGUCAAUAAGGAAUGCGAAUGCACUGUAAUGCGUCGCCAAGCAUGACAAGUUUUUUCGUGCUUCUGUGCAGCGUAUUCCGCAUGAGAAACUGCGUCCUCUUGCUGGGCACAACCAACAUCUGUCCAAAACAGCCUAGGGCCAAGACGACACCGCGAGGACGACCACAGGGGGUUCGUCUCAAUGAUGAUGAUGAUGAUGAUGACAGGCGAGAGAGCCUGUUUGUGGCCAUGCAAUACAGAGUUAAGGGUCAUGCCGGACCAGCAUGACAAACCUCGGAAUCUUCCAGUAGACCCAGACAUUUUUGCAUUCGAUACGACUGUUCGGAAAGUUGCAGUUUGACUUCGUCCCCGAGACGUUUGUGAUUCCGGACCAAUUGGAAGCGUUUAUCCAGGUUUACGAGAAAACGGACUACCUCUGGAUUGUCAAGCCCCAUGCGAGUAUUGAUUUUUUUACUAUAACGUUAACUUUGCAUGACUGAUUUUCGCUCUCCUAGUGCAACUGCAUGACAGACUUUUGUUUUCGAUCUACAGUACUAGGAAAUCUAUUUCUUUUCGGAAGAAUAUAUAGCAUUCGAAACUUGAUGAACUUCUUCCUCUUCUACACUAAAGGUUCCCGCGGACGCGGCAUCUUCAUUCUCCAGGAGCUCUCCGAGAUCCCGCUCGACUGCCUGACGGUGAUAUUAUCCUGUGCAAAAGUAUCGUACUCGUAGUAUUCGCAAUCAUGCAUCACAAAUCUCCUUCCUAAGCUAAAUCCGCAUUACAAAUUCCAUUUUUCAUGCUGAGGGAAUUUGUCAUGCGAUUACUAUAUAUUAUAUUCAUGCGAAAAAAGAGGUAGACAGAGGGUAAACAAGAGGUGGCCGAGAGGUCAAAAAGAGGUCAAAAGAGGUAAAAAAGAGGUCGACAGAGGUGGAGAGGUGGCGCGGGGCCCCAUUCGAGAGGGUCGGCGCGAGUAUAGCCCGCCGAAGCGCUCACCCUAAAGCGCCGCCUAAGUGCCUGAGAGGGUGCAGGGAGGUCAAAAAGAGGGGGCGCGAGAGGUCGACAGAGGUGGAGAGAGGUGGCGCGAAUAAGGGGCGACCUCUCGCGGACCCUCUUGGCCACCUCUCGGCCACCUCUGUCGACCUCUCCCCGCGAGUAUAGCCGGAUUAUUAGCGGGGACCCCCAAAAGAGGUCAGAAAGAGGGUCUGCGGGAGGUCUGCGAGAGGGUGAAAGCACGCCCAAGCGGGCGCGAAUCCGCAUGGCACUCCUCAUAUUUGGCAUUGCAGGCCAUUCGCGAUCUUGUUUUGUUCGGCGCCUUUCCGCGCCACCCUCUCGCGCACCCUCUCGCGCCACCCUCUCGCGCCACCCUCUCGCGCACCCUCUCGCGCCACCCUCUCGCGCCACCCUCUCGCGCCACCCUCUUGCGCCACCCUCUCGCGCAACCCUCUCGCGCCACCCUCCCGCGCCACCCUCUCGCGCUACCCUCUCGCGCCGGGCGGCUUCUGUUCGCCCCCGGUGUUCUUUUCAGCUGCUCCCUGCGCAGAGCGCCCACAGGCGCGGGAAGCGCGCAAGUGGUCCUGCGGGUUGGCGCGGUGCAAACUCCAGUAUGUUUCGUUGUGCAGGACUCCAGUGCGUGUCGUUGUGCACAGACCCGUGGCGUUGUGGUCCGAUCGGCAAACUGUCUCGCCCCGGCCCAACAGCCUUGCGCUCCGGCGGCAGCCGGAGCAUGGCUGGUUUAUACUAGUGCGAUGCUUUUGCAUUUCAUAGAUAUGCCGCUACGUCGAAAAUCCCUACUUGAUCCAGGGUCUGAAGUAUCAAAUGCAAAUAUCGAUCUGGGUCUGGAAGGUCGCAACUUGUCAUGCUGUCUUUCGAUUCUAAAAAAAUCAUCAUUGCAUGACCAGCAAGAGGAGUCCAGAUUGUGCUACGCGGGGUACAGGUCGUUUGUCAUGCGGGAGAGGCAUCAGGAAGCCCUCAAAAUAAAAUCUGUGAUGCUAGCUCUUGCAUUCCAGGCCUCAUGGGUCAUGCGAAAUAUGCAUGACAAACCUGGGAAUCUUCCAGACCCAAACAUUUUUACAAUCCAUAUGCAGUUCGACCUGCGCCUCUACGUCCUGGUGACCGGGUUUGACCCCUUGCGAAUUUACCUGUUUAAGGAGGGCUUGACCCGUUUCGCCUCCUCGGUUUUUAGCACCACGGAAGAGGAUAUGACAGUGCACAACUACCCCUUCCCCUCAUUUAAUGUGUUGCAUGAACGGCAAUACAAGCGUCAGAAAGAGUGCCUAUUUUGCAUGACAAAUUUGCACAGGAGUGUAGUACUGUUUGGGCUUCUGGAGUUUGUCAUGCAAACAGUGCCAAGGGGCAGAGCCCGGAUUUGCUAUUUUGCAUGACAAAUAAGGGGGAGGGGGAGUAGUUGUGCACUGUCAUAGAGGACUUGGGAAACGUUUACAAGCAUUUAACCAACUACAGGUACUAGGAAUUUUACGUACAGACAAUGUAUAGCUUGUUCUACUUUAUUGCUGUAUGGCUACUUUAUUUUUUUGCAUCAAUCAAAUACAUCUACUCGUCAUGCGACUUGGAAGUAAUUCCGCAUGACAAAAUUCGUCUGAACAUGAUAAAAAAAUACAGUAUCAACAAGUACGCGUCAAACUUUGUCGAGAACGAGGACGCGGCGCAGGACAACGUGGGGCACAAAUGGAGUUUAUCGGCUUUGAACAAGCAUCUAUCAAAUGCAAAUAUGUCUGGGUCUGGAAGAGUGUAAACUUGUCAUGCAGGUUUUCCAUGACCCUUGAGGCCUGGAAUGCGGGACCUAGCAUGACAGAGUCUGUGAGGUCUCUAUCAUGCCUAUCCUGCAUGAGAAACUCCCUCCCAACUCGGUCGAAAGUGGACAGCCUUUGGCACUCAUGCAACACAGAUUUUUGCAUGAUUCCGAUUCGGAUUUAGCAUGACAAGUUUACACUCUUCAAGACCCAGACGCUUUUGCACUGCAUAACAUCUUGCUUGCUGCAAUGUGGACGUGAAACUCAUGUGGUCUCGGAUCAUCGACGUGCUCAUAAAGUGCAUCCUUUCCGUCGAAUAUCCAUUGCAAAUAAUGUCAUCAUCCAUGCGCCGUCUGGAUUUGUGAUGCAACUGCAAGCUUUACAUGGGGCUAUAGAUUUGAAUUUGUGUUGCCGUUGCAUGAAGAGGAUAAUUAAGUACUACUAGCAAGUUUUUUUUUUUUGCCAUGCGAAAUACAACUUAGUAGAACUAGAACUACUCAGCUGGCAAAAAUAUGCAUACCUGUCUGUAUGUAAAUAGAUUUCUGAUGUGGUACUGUCCCUACCUAGUCUGAACGUAGCCAUCAAAGCGGCCUCGCGCCAUGCGAGGCUCCUCAGCAUGAAGACAAGUAAGACCCUCCUUGUUUCCAGACCACCCGGCUUAUCGACAUUCUUUGCAGUUGAUAUUGAAAGACCGAUUGUGAACAAGAUGAAGUCGACGGUGAGCUGGCGGAGUAACUGCUUCGAGCUGUACGGCUUUGAUUUGUUGCUCGAUGAAGGGUUAUAUGCAUUGCGAAAGCAUCGUACUCGUAUAAAUGCAUUAUAAAUUAGCCCAGCAUUAAAAAUUGAAUUUGUAUUGUAUUGCAUAAAUGCAAUUGCUACGAGUGCGAUACUUUUGCAAAGGAUAGGCUAAAACCGCACCUACUGGAGGUGAAUUUGUCCCCGUCCAUGCAGGCCGACACGCUAUGCAUUGCAAAUAUCGAUCUGGGUCUGGAAGAUGAAUGCAAGUUUGUCAUGCUUGUCUGGGAUGACUCUUAAAUCUGUCAUGCACGUUUUUACCCAAGAAGAGCCCCAUUGUUCUGUCAUGCAGAAACGCACCAGUUUGUAAUGCAGAAUAGGAGAAGCUCAGAAACUUGCCAUGCUGAGCCCGCACUUGUGGCCUCCUCCUGAUACGCCACGCAGCAUCGCAAGUUUCCAGACCCAGACGCAUUUGCAGGUCAUACACGCCGUUGGAUUACAAAGUCAAAUCCGCGUUGGUGCAGGAAACGUUUAAUCUGGUAUACUGACUUGAAUUUCUCAUGCAGUUUAUCGCUUGAUGCUUUGGCUUUGUCAUGCUUGUGGGAACUACAAGUCGAGGUGGACCACUUUUAAACCAAUGAAUCAGCUCGGGCCCAAGCUCGCGGACCAGAAGCAGCUCGGUGAAACCCGAUGGAAAUCCCGGGCGAAGCAGCUGAAGCGGCAAGGCCAGCGGAUCCCCUACGGCCAACCUCUAUGCAUUGCAAAAGUGAUAUCGUACUAGUUCUAGUAGAAAUUGCAAUAGAAAUUGGCGCAGCAUGACAGAUGGAAUUUGUCGUGCUGAUUCAGUUAGCGAAGGAGAUUUGUCAUGCUGCAUGACCACUGCGAUAAUUACUAGGUGUGCGAUAUUACUUUUGCACAUGGGAUAACCCCUCGCCGCAAGCAACGCCGGUUCUUCGACUGCCUACGCGUCUGCACAGUAUCAAAUGCAAAAAUGUCUGGGUCUGGAAACUUGUGAUGCAAGGAAGGCAAUAGUGAGCUCACUAUAAUGCGCUACCAAGCAUGACAAGUCUUUUCCCCCUUCUGAGUUGCGUAUUCUGCAUGAGAAGCUGCGUUUUUGCAUGACAGGGAAGAGGAGCUCUUCGGGGCCAUGCAAUACAGAGUUCAGAGUCAUGCCAGACUAGCACGACAAACACAAAUAUCGCAAUCUCCCAGACCCAGACAUCUUUGCAUUUGAUACACAGGCACUGAAGCCAACAGUUUUGAACACGCCAGCAGCGAGAGCGCGGGAAGCUAUCCUGUGCAAAAGUAUCGUACUCGUAUUGCAGUCAUGCAUUACAAAUCUUUCUCUUAAGGUAAAUCCGCAAUACAAAUUUUAUUUCUCAUGUUGAGGAAAUUUGUAAAUGCAUUUUUAGGUUUACGAAUACGAUACUUUUGCAAUUCAUAGAAGCGGAGCGGCAGCAGAAAUUCCACAACUUACAGAAGAAGAACUUGCCCCUCGCCACGUUAGGGGAAAAACCGCUGCGGCUGCUGCUCUAUCAAAUGCAAAAGUGUCUGGGUGUGGAACAGUGGAACUUGUGAUGCAGAUCUUGCAUAAUUCCUGGAAACUCUGUGUUGCACGAGCAGCAAAAGAGGAGCUUGCUUUGUCAUGCAGAAACGCCAUUUGUGAUUCGUGGUAGGCAUCAGCAGGCGUCUCCAAAACUUGUCAUGCCUGGCUGCCAUUGCAAGCGCUUCAAUCAUGCUCAAUUCAGCAUCACACAUUUCCAGACCCAGAUAUAUUUGCAGUACAUAUGCUCGAAUGUGUCCAGGAAUUCAGUAUGGCGCACGACUUCAUCCGCGUUUUUCCGACGCAGGCCAGCGUCAAGCGGUACGGACACAUGAUAGGAAUCUAUGAACUGCAAAAGCAUCGUACUCGUAUUGCGAUCAUGCAUUACAAAUUUUUUUCUGAAAGCAAAUCUGCAUUACAAAUUUUAUUUGCCAUGCUGAGGAAAUUGCAUUUAUACGAAUACGAUACUUUUGCACAGGAUAGAAUCGGGUCGACCGCAAAGUCCAUGUCUGCGAGUCAACUCCUCUGUCUAGCCUUGUUUAACGAGCCCCGAUUGGCGCGAGCGCGAAAUGGGUCGCUGCGGUAUCAAACAAAAUCGUGCUAACGUUAACGGUUUUCACAGCUGGCAGUUAUGCAUUACAAAUUUUGCCUUCCAUGCAUGCUACGCAACACAAAUUUGGGCAACCUUUCUGAUGCGUUACGGCAUCACAAAUUCCGUUAACGUUAACGCUUUUUCUUGUGAUACGCGGAGGUCGUUAACCAGAGGAUCAAAUGCGCAAACGAAUAAAACGCCCUCUACUUCUCCCAACAAACAAACCCCCGCGGUGCAGAUCGACAACGAGGAGGACGGCAUUUCUGCGGAAACCGCAUCUGCGAUUAAUGCCCUGAACAAGCAGGGGGCCAGUGAGUUCGACGACGUAGCGAGCACGGCAUAUGGGAGUGUCAGGAUCGAAAUCGACAAAGUUGAAAUGACUUGCAUGCAAUGCAUAAAAUCGAUGCAACCAGUUGAAAGGCCAAUUUCCAAGCGGCGCAUGACGAAUUUCGGCACCGUCUAAAUCCAGUUUGUCAUGCUGGUUAGGGGCCCCAGAAGGCGUCCUUUGUCAUGCUACUUUAGCAGCUGCAUCGCAGGCCCCAAACAGGCUGACAGUCGGCCUCACUUGCCAUCCCUGCAAGAGAGGCAGUUCAUGCCUUGCAAUUUAUGCAUGAGAAAUUAUCUCAACGUUGACGAUUUCCAAUCCUGACGCCUCCAUACGGCAAGCGGAAUCUCCCAAACCACCGCGACGAGUAGCAACUUCACCGGUGUAAGUAGUGUGACCGGAAUAGGAACAAAUGCGAGUCAUUUAGCCGGGAAUCAUGCCAGUGGCGGGAUAUCGAAUUUUGUUUCCGGGAACAGCUCAUCGAGUAGUAGUUCGAGUUCGUCCUCAAACGUCGCUGCGGGUGGGGGGAAUAUCAAUCACAACCUGGGUGGAAGAGGAUCCUCGGCGAAAAACAGAGUCGAGUCGCCAGAUUUAGCCGCCUUAUCCCGCGCACGAAAUUCGAACCGGGACAAGUCGAGGAACGGCGAGAAAAAGGGAAAAUCAGGCAGAAGAAAAUCGAUAAAUCAGUACUAUCAGAAUACGAGCGGGUUAGGGGUUUACGCCGAUGGGGGAUUGGGAGAGGGAGCAGAGGACGCCGGGGAACAGGGGGGAAGGUAUAGAUAGUUUGAACCAGGAGGCUUUUGAAGCAAGAUGCAUGCAAGGAGAUUCACUACUUCUACUACCCAUAGACAACAUGAGCAUGAUCUUUACGGGCAGAGUAGCCUUACAGACACUGUAUAUCGUACUCUUACAAAAAGAAAAACAUGUAGGAACGCCGACACUUCGUCUCAACACACAAUGAAUCUAUCAGGUGGCCCCUCUUCCAGGACGAGCCGCCGCCAAUCCAGCGAAGCCGGACUCUAUCAAAUGCAAAACGGUCUGGGUCUGGAAGGAUGCGAACUUGUGAUGCAUACUUGGAUGACACAAAAAUCUUCUGUCAUGCUUAGACAGCAAAGGGAGCUCCUUUUCCUGUCGCCGAAAGUAGGUGUUUGCUGUGCGGGUUAAGCAUUGGGAAACCGUCUCAAAAGCUGUGAUGCUAGGCCUUGCAUGGCACACCUUGCUUCUGUGUCAAGCAGACACAGCAUCACAAACCUCAGCUGGAUUCUUCCAGACCCAUACACUUGUGCAAUGCAUAGAGUCAGACGCAGGAAAAUUUGAACGGGCGUUCGAAUCGGCAAAGUGUUUCUCCCACCAGGAACAGCGGCGGGGGCAACGGCGGGAAUAGUAGCAGCUCCACGAAUAUGGAUUGCAAAAAUGUCUGGGUCUGGAAGAUUGCAACUUGUGGUGCUGUUUUUGGAUUCCAAAUAAAAGAUCUGUAUUGCAUGACCAGCAACAGGACUCGGACUCCAGUUUGUGUUACGCGGAGAAGGCAUUUCUCAUGCGGAAUAGGCAUUAGGAAGCCCUCUAAAAAUCUGUGUUGCUAGAUCAUGCAGUAGAGGCAUCAAUCAUCAUACAAAAUAUGCAUGACAAGUCUGCACUUUUCCAGACCCAGAAAUUUUUGCAUUUGAUAACGAAGAAGCUCGCCAAGUCGAAAGCCCACACGGUGAAUCAGUACCCCGCAACAGGGAACAACAAUAAUUCCACGUCAAACGACCAGCUAACGAGGAGCAACAGUUUAAACAACUCAAACUCGUCCUCUCAAGAGCAGCAAUACCAGCACCAGCAGCCUCUGGUCAGCCCCGCGAAUCUGAUACAGAAGAAGGAGCAGAUGAAGAACUUCAUGCGGUAUGAGGAUCAUAAUGAGCAAGAGCAGGCCAUGCGGGAUUUGCAGCAGAGCCAGAACGGCGGGAACGGAACAGCAGGGGGAAAUAACAGCAGUAGUACUUCUUCUAACGGAGAGCAGAUUCUAAACACCCACAACUUCUAUUGGAGCACAUCGGUCGUUAUGAAUUGCAAAAGUUGUAUCGUACUCGUAUAAAUGCAUUACAAAUUUCCUCAGCAUGAGAAAUGAAAUCUGCAAUGCGGAUUUACCUAUACGAAAAAGAUUUGUGAUGCAUAAUUGCGAUUGCUGCGAGUGCGAUACUUUUGCACAGGAUAGUCGUGAGUACUGAGGGGUCGAAACGAGGGCUGGAUGCGUUGGAGAAGAGAAUAAAUGGGAUGAUAUCAUGUGUAAAAUCGUCCCCACGACCCCAUAGGCAAGCUAAUUGGGAACUCGCAACACAGAUCCAGAGAUUUUGGGAGCCGCGCAUGACAAUUUGCAGUCCGUAGUGUAGUGUAUGUUACCAGCAAGGAAAACUGCAUCACAAGAAAUCCAUCUGCUUAUCCUGUUUACAGCGUUACAAAUUCGAAAACGCGAAUGGAAACGCUUCUCAUGGAGAUGCGCAUUACCAAUCGUCCUCCAAUCGCAAAUCUGCAUGACAAAAACUAUGAACUGGGGACGUUUUUACACAGGAUAGAUGAACGGCAGUAGUUCCGUCGCGAACGCGAGCAACUUCGCGGCACAUAUCCUCUGCAAAAGUAUCGUACUCGUACUCAUCGCAUUUAUGCAUUACAAAUUUUUUUGCCAAGUUAAAUCCGCAUUACAAAUUCGAUUUACUAUCAUGCUGAGGAAAUUUGUCAUGCGAUUCAUACAAGUGCGAUACUUUUGCAGUUCAUAGCACAGAUGCUGCAGCAACAAUUGCCCCAGUUCACAGUGAAUCCAGAAAAACCCCCACCGCCAAUGCACCAGGAGGCGUAUCAUAACUCCUCGCCAAGAUCGUCGCAUCAUCAGCGGAGUGUGAACAGGGACGAUAGAGAGAGGGGCAGAAGUAAUGCCGUUAUCCACAGUAAAUUUCCCGUACACGACGUGCAAAUGCGGUCUCCGCAUGACAAAACUUUGCUAUGAUCCUAGUUUAGCAUGACAAGUUUUGCGCUCCAAAUUAGUGAAAUUUGUGUAUGCAUCUUGUACAUGUACGGGAAAUUUGUAUUGCAUAGCCGUGAAGCAGAGUUACCAAACAGGAGCCGGGGGCACUGCGUCGCCGAGCGGUCGGAGCCCACCGGGAAAGAGUAGACAGCCGGUGAUUGGCGCGGGCAGCGGGUAUAUAUAAAUGCAUUACAAAUUUCCUCAGCAUGAGAAAGAACAUUUGUGAUGCGGAUUUACCUUAAGAAAAUGAUUUGUAAUGCAUGACUGCAAUCAAUAAUUAUCAUGGGCGCAGCUGAUAAAAAAUUUCGUCCGGAUUUCGUCCGUUUUUUUGAUAUUUUUUUUGAAAAUUUUUUUUUUGCCCCUUUGGAGGCGCCCGGCUUUGUGCCCUCUCCAGCAUCUAUUAGCGCAGUGGGGCGUGCUCUGGGCCUGAAUCUUCCCGGCCCUCGCUCCCUAACCCACGGCCACACCGCGGGCGUCGCCAGCAUGUUUCGCGCGGCUCUUCACUCGAUCACAACCGCUGGAUCACAGGUCGCCGGACCUUAGGCGUCCAAGGGCUUGCCGCAGCCUGCUUUCGCAUCCUCUCGAAGAGGCCCAAAAGCCUGCCAUUGCCUAGGGCUUUUCAUGUGGCUGCCCAUGCAGUGGCCUCUCAUUGCUUUGAGAAGGCGGCGCCGCAUUUUUUGGGCAGGAAGCGACCAGCGAUCAGCCCCCGGCCUUUGUCUGUGGGUGGGCUGGUGGGUUCGCGCCUUCACAAAUCGGGGGAUUUUCUUCUAGCAAAGACGGACAACAAAGACGAAGGCCAAAAAUAGCUUUUUUUUUGGCUUCCGAAAUAUCUUUUUUUCGUCUCCCAAAAUAUCUCCGGACUUUCCCGAAAUAUCUCCGCGAGCGACAAGGAAAGCAAAAAAAACUAUCUCAAAAGUUAUUUUAGCGCCGAUGCUAUGGAGAUACUUUGGGAGAUAUUUCUGGAAAUAUUCCGAGAUACUUCCGCGGAGCUUUCCGAGACACUUUCUGGCCAAAAAAGCGUCGCCCAAAAUAUCUUUUUUCGGCUUCCAAAAAUAUCUUUUUUUGGCUUCCCAAAAUAUCUUUUUUCGGCUCUUCAAAAUAGCUUCUUCCUUCUAGACCUUUUGGUCUGCGGAUAAGGAGGGGGAAAAAGAGGGACAAUCAAGAUGCCCGAGGCGGCUACUUAAGGCUCCGUCAGGGUGCGCGCAGCAGGUGCGUGCCCAAUGUUGCGUUGCCCUCAGGGUACCAGCGGCGCCCACCUAGGCGGGACGCACGCUCGCAGUGCCGGCGCGGGCAACUUAAAAACCGCUAGGGAGAAUGGGGGCCGGGGCGUGACACCUAGAGCUCGCGCAACAAAGUGCAGGGAGGCAGCGCGCAGCGUGUCAUGCCGCCUGUGCCUUAGGACACCGCGCAAGCGCGCGGGCUCUAUGCGCUAGCACAAGCGAUGCGCCUCGCGCGCAAUACCGCCGCCGCGCCAAGCAAAGGCUCCGCGGCUUUGGCAGGGCGGGCGUGAGGCGCUUUGUUGGGUUCAAUUUUUUUUUUGAAAAAAAAAAUAUCAAAAAAACGGGAGAUAAUUUGGCUUCGGGUGCCAUCCAGACGGGCCCAUGAUAACAAUAACUAAACAGGGCCCUCACCACCUCCUACGCUCCCAACGGAACCCUACUCCACCCGAACAACUCCGGCGGACCAUAUCAAAUGCAAAAAUGUCUGCUUCUGGAAGAUUGCGAGGUUUGUCAUGCACAUUUUGCAUGACUCCUGACGUCUGUGAUGCAUGCCCUAGCAUCACAGAUUUUGUGAGGGCUUCCUGAUGUCUAUACCGCAUGACAAAUGCUCUUUCCGUGUAGCAAAAUUUGGACUCUCUUUGCUGCUUAUGCAAUACAGAUUUUUUUAGAAUCCAAAAUCAGCAUGACAAGUUGCAUUCUUCCAGACCCAGACACUUUUGCAUGUGAUAGGUCAAUGCUGCUGCCCACAGGUGGAGCGCAGAAUCAGCAGGAUCCAGCUAACGCCAGUCCGAACAAGUUGAGAAAUCAAUCGGUCGGGAAUUGGCAGUCGUACUACCGUAUGCAUUGCAAAAGUAUCGUACGUAGUAUGAAUUGCAUCACAAAUUCAAAUUCUGUCAAGAAGAAAAAUGCAACUUGUCAUGCUUGUUUACCUAAAAGGGGUAGUUUGUCAUGCACGAUAGCAAUGACCACGAGUGCGAUAUCACUUUUGCAAUGCAUAUACCGGAAUUACGGCCAGAACCUCGCGGACAACGAUCCGAACCGACCGGGCAGUCCGCAGAACCGCGUGCUGCAGCAAAUCAACCGAACGCGGUACGUAUGCAUUGCAAAAGCAUCGCACUCGUUGUAUCGCAAUCCUGCACUACAGAUCUUUUUCUUAACGUAAAUCAGCAUUGCAAAUUUUAUUUCUCAUGCUGAGGAAAUUUGUAAUGCAUUUAUAUAGCUACGAUAGCGAAGAUACUUUUGCAAUUCAUAGUACAACGGUCAAGGGGGUGCGCCUGGGGUAGAGAUGAUGCUCGAAGGUCCGGUCAUGAUGGAGAACGGCUCGCCACUGAAGAGCAGGAGCAUGAACGGUGCAAGUGGGGGGCAACUACAUGGCUCGUCGCAGGACUUGCAACAGGUGCGUAUGUUGAAAAGUUCAAACGUAAUAAGAAUCGUUUUUCAGUUCCUUCAUUCCUAUUGUCCACGCUCUGGAGGUGCAUUUGGAUUUGUCAUUCUUUCAAAAUCAAAACCAAGAAGUACGAAAAAACAAAAUAAACGCCAGACCGCCGCCAACCAAGCUGCUUCUAGUACAAGUUCCACGCUGCACAACGCGAAAGUGUCCGCCUUGGCCAGAAAAGCUUACCCAACCAUAUGACCUGCUCAAGCAUUACAAUCUCAAACGUUACAACAGAAUCUUCUUGGACUUGUCUUGCACAAUGAGCAUGGCAGACUCGCAGAGCGUUCCACUUUCUGCAAUACAAAUUUCGCCAGAUUGUAGUGAGGUUUGGGAUGACUCCGGAACUUGUCAUGCGCAAUCGUAUGAGAGUUGGCUAGAUCAUGCAUUUCUUGCAUCACAGAUUUGCUCUUCCAUAUUCUAUUGCACCGGUUAAGAAGAUUGUAACAUCUGAGCGGGGUAUAAAUCAACAACCUCGUGGAGCAGCAUUCGGAGCUGAUCGGCCCCCCGGUGGAUGUCAAUUUAUCGAAAGAAAAAACUGUUUCACUGUAAGCUAGAUAGUGAUGCACAGAAUUCUGGAAUCAACAGAAGGAUUUGUGUUUGUCUUGCUACACCUACCUGAUGCACCAUGACAGUGUCCUCUCGGUAGUUGUGUUUUCACCCGCUGCCCUCAGACAUGGCAAGUUUUUCUAUGUCUUCAUGCGUAACUACGAACUUGUGAUGCGAAUUUUGCAAAAUUAUCCUUACAUCAGUGGAGCAUUGUUUUCCCGCGAUACAGUUGGUCCCCCAAGCAAAGACCGAGAGCCUUGUCGAUGCCGCGGCCAAGGACAGCUGAGUUAUCGACAUGAUCGCAAAAGUAGAAGUGUCUCGCUUGUUGCCUUGCAGCACCACUGCAUCACAAAUCUCAUUAAUUUCAUCUCGAUUUGUCAUGCUGAGCAGAUUUUUUGAUGUCAUGCAAAAGGAGCAAGAACUACUAGCGUAUCAAUCGACAAAAAUACUUUUGCAGUGCAUAUCACCGGAAGAGCAACAAUGUGUCCAGCACGACGAGUAGCGUGAUUAUGGGAGUGGAUAUCGAGUUGUGA